AUGGAGCAAUCAAAUAAAGCACAUCGUAAGACGAAAGAGAAGAACACAGCCAAGAAGAAACUUCAUACGCAAGGUCAUAAUGCCAAGGCCUUUGCUGUUUCUGCUCCAGGUAAGUUGGCUCGUACCAUGCAAAGAUCCAGUGAUGUAAAUGAAAGGAAAUUGCAUGUACCUAUGGUUGAUCGUACUCCAGAUGAUGAUCCUCCACCAUUUAUCGUCAGUGUGGUAGGUCCACCGGGAACCGGUAAGACUACUUUGAUUAAAUCUCUAAUUAGAAGGAUGACUAAAUCCACCUUGAAUGAAAUUAAUGGUCCUAUAACAGUUGUCUCAGGGAAACAUAGAAGGUUAACCAUUUUGGAAUGUCCUGCUAAUGAUUUGAAUUCAAUGAUUGACGUAGCAAAAGUAUCUGAUUUAGUCCUGCUAAUGAUUGACGGUAAUUUUGGAUUUGAAAUGGAAACCAUGGAAUUCUUAAAUUUAGCUCAACAUCAUGGUAUGCCAAGAGUGCUUGGUGUUGCAACACAUUUAGAUCUUUUCAAGUCUCAAUCUACUUUAAGAGCCACUAAGAAAAGGUUAAAGCAUAGAUUUUGGACUGAAGUUUAUCAAGGUGCCAAACUAUUUUAUUUAUCUGGUGUUAUUAAUGGUAGAUAUCCUGAUCGUGAAAUUUUAAAUUUAUCAAGAUUUAUUUCGGUAAUGAAAUUUAGACCAUUAAAAUGGAGAAAUGAACAUCCUUAUUUAUUAGCUGAUAGAAUAACUGAUUUAACUCAUCCUGAAUUAAUUGAAACUCAAGGGAAACAAAUCGAUCGUAAAGUGGCGUUAUACGGGUUCUUACAUGGUACUCCCUUAUCAACCAUAUCAGGAACUAAGGUUCAUAUUGCUGGGGUAGGUGAUUUCCCUAUAUCACAAAUUGAAAAAUUACCAGAUCCAUGCCCAACUCCAUAUUUCCAACAAAAGAUAGAUGAUUAUGAACGUGAAAAGUUAAAACAAGAACUAGCAGCUAAUGGUGAGGCCUCUACCGCAUCUACCACUAGAAGACGUAAAAGGUUAGAUGAUAAGGAUAAAUUGAUUUAUGCUCCAAUGUCUGACGUUGGUGGUGUGCUCAUGGAUAAAGAUGCUGUUUAUAUUGAUGUUGGUAGGAAAAAUGAAGGCGAAAGUUUUGUUCCAGGUCAAGAAAAGGGUGAAGGUGAGAAACUAGUCACUGGUUUACAAUCUGCUGAAAUGAGUCUUGCUGGGAAUUUCGACGGUGUCGGAUUAAAAUUAUUCAGUAAUAGUACUGAAUUACAUGAAGUAGCUGAUGAUGCACAAGAGGACGAAACUGAAGAUAGGGAUGCCUCACAAAAUCAAGGUAGACAUUCCCUAAGAAAUCCAAAACUUUAUGGGAAGUCCAUUCAAGAAGAUGAUGAAGAUAUUGAUAACUUACCAAGCGAUGACGAGAAUGAACAAGAUUACAAUGACGAUGAUGAUGAAGAAAACCAUAGAAAUCCAAGAAUGGUUGAAAUUGAUUUUAAGACCGAUAGAAACAAUGAAAAACUAUCGGUGGAAACGGAUUCGGAAUUUGAGUUAGAUGAUGCUGAUGAAACAAAUUGGGAAGCCUCUGCUGCAAGUAAGUUAAAUGGUACUAUUAAUCGUCGUAGAAAGUGGGAUAUUGGUAAAUUGAUUUAUAUGGAUAAUAUAUCUGCAAAGGAUUGUAUUAGGAGAUGGAGAGGUGAAGAUAAUGAAAAGGAAGAGGGAAGCGAUAUUGAAGCUGAAGAAGACGAAGAUUUUUUUAGCAAGAAAGAUGGCGUUAAUGAUAAAUCAUCUCCUGACUACCAGGCGGAUUUAGAGAAAUUUGUUCCAUAUUUUGACACAUUAGAAAAAUUAAUGAGUAAGUGGUCUAAUGUUGAUGCCAUUCAAAAUCGUUUCAUUGGGGCUAAUAUUAAAAAAUCUAAAACCAAAUGUGGAGAAAAUGUGGACGACGAAGAAGAAGAAGGUGAUGAUGACGAAGAAUUAUAUGGUGAUUUCGAAGACUUAGAAAAUGAAGGGGAGGAAGUAAAUGGAUUGAAUGAAACCAAAUCUAACGACGAUAACGAUGAAGAAAAUUCAAGUGAUAAUUCAUUCACAAAUUUUGAGGAGGAAGAAAAAAAAGACUUAACUACCGAGCAAGAACGUGAAUUGAAUGCUUCUAAGAAGGAAAAAUUGCGUUUACAAUUCGAAAUGGAGGAAGGUGAAAAUUUCAAAGAAGAUGAUCCAGAUAAUGAAUAUGAUACAUGGUAUGAAUUACAAAAGGCCAAGAUAGCGAAACAACUAGAAAUUAAUAAUGCGGAAUUACAAGAAAUGACACCAGAACAACGUCAAAGAAUUGAAGGGUUCAAAGCAGGUUCAUAUGUUCGUAUUGUUUUUGAUAAUGUUCCAAUGGAAUUCAUUGAAAACUUUGAUCCUAAAUAUCCUGUCAUUAUGGGUGGACUUUUACCUACAGAAAUGAAAUUUGGUAUUGUUAAUGCCAGAUUAAGAAGACAUCGUUGGCAUAAAAAGAUCUUAAAGAGUAAUGAUCCUUUAGUCUUGUCAUUAGGAUGGAGAAGAUUUCAAACGCUACCUAUCUAUACAACAAGUGAUUCUAGAACAAGAACAAGAAUGUUGAAAUAUACACCUGAACACACAUUUUGUAAUGCAAGUUUCUUUGGUCCAUUAUGUUCACCUAACACACCAUUUUGUGGCGUUCAAAUUGUUGCCAAUAGUGAUACUGGUGGUGGAUUUAGAAUUUCUGCCACUGGUAUUGUGGAAGAAAUCGACGUUAAUGUUGAAAUUGUUAAAAAACUUAAAUUAGUUGGGUUCCCAUAUAAGAUUUUCAAAAAUACAGCAUUCAUUAAAGAUAUGUUUUCUAGUGCUAUGGAAGUUGCUAGAUUUGAAGGUGCACAAAUUAAGACAGUGUCUGGUAUUCGUGGUGAAAUUAAGAGAGCUUUGUCCAAACCGGAGGGUCAUUUCAGAGCCGCAUUUGAAGAUAAGAUUUUAAUGAGUGAUAUUGUUGUGUUAAGGUCAUGGUACCCUGUGACGAUUAAAAGGUUUUAUAACCCUGUUACCUCGUUGUUAUUAAAAGAGAAGACAGAAUGGAAAGGUGUAAGAUUGACAGGACAAAUUAGAGCAGCAAAGAGUAUUGAGACUCCAGUGAAUAAUGACAGUGCAUAUAAGAAGAUUGAGCGUGUUGAAAGACAUUUCCAUGGGUUGAAAGUUCCUAAAGCUGUUCAAAAAGAUCUACCAUUUAAAUCUCAAAUCCAUCAAAUGAAACCACAAAAGAAGAAGACAUAUAUGCAAAAGCGAGCAGUUGUUCUUGGUGGAGAAGAAAAGAAGGCACGUUCUUUUAUGCAAAAAGUGUUGACAGUUUCUAAAGCUAAAGAUGAAAAGAAGAAGGCUAAGAAGGCAGAUCAACGUAAGGAAAGAUUAAAAAGACUAGCUAAGGCAGAAGAAGAGAAAACUCAAAAGGAUAAAGAAAAGAAGAAGGAGUAUUUCGCUAAACAUGGUAAGAAAAGACCGAUGUCAACAGAUGGCGGAGAUGAGGCACCACGUCGUAAGUCAAGGAGAUAG